AUUCAUGCUCAGAGACGCAAAAGCCUCCCCAAGCAAAGCCACCCAAAUUCACUUUAAAUUCCAGCCUGGCUCUCCUGUUGAUGCUGCCUCUUCUCCUCCUGUCUUUAUGGAGAUUAUGGAGACUGAAGAAAUGUCUCAUGCCCAGCGUGCCAGACCCGAAAUGCACCUUCCCUGGCCUCUUUGAGAAGCACGAAGGGAACUUCCAGGAAUGGAUCAGAGACACCCAGAACUUGGCCCACUUGAGCGGCCUGGCGGGCGGGGAGCCAGACGCUGGCCUUGAGGAGCCCGUGGUGCUCCAGCUGACCAGUACCGAGCCCGAGCCACCCAGGAGCAGCGGCCCACAGACCGGGGAGACCGAGGCCUCUGGGAGACCCCUGCAGGUUCCCCAGCAGCCCCUCCAAGGCGGUGAUGUGGUCACUCUUGCCGGCUUUACCUUUGUGACGAAAGACAGCUCCUACGUGGCAUUAUGACG